GGAGAAACAUUCCGCGGAGAGGAGAAGAAGAGAGGAGGAGAGUGAGAAAGGAAGGAGAGCAAGAGAUGUCCACAGUGGUGUCUGAUGGGUGCAGAGUUGCUCAGUAAUUAACACAGAGAGAAAACAGCGGACAGUUGCCCGCGCGCACAUACCGACUUACGCCAAGGCGGUAUCAACCGGGCACUGGACAGCGACAGCGGGGUGACAGUAGCGCUUGGUAAAAUAAUCCUCCUUAGCAUUGUUGUUUCUCAAAGUUAUUCGUUUGUUUAUGGAACGACCGCAUCGUAGGCUAUACUGUUCGUAAGACAGUGUGCAAGUUUAUCCUUCUACGAAACCCCAGUGGCUCAUCGUGUGUCGGAAUGACUCUCUCCACUGCCCCGCCCCUUCGUAGAGGAAGCACACCUCUACCAAUCAAGCACCAGCUCCGGAGAGAGGAAGCGGUCACAGAUGACUCUGAUUGGGUGCCAGGUCUGGAGGAGCCGCCCUCCCCUCGGAUCAGCUUCAGCUGUCCGCAGGAAGAGCCGGUCGCACCGAGGCGGGACGGCAGGCAGGGGGCGCCGUUGCGGAUCGUGCUGAUGGGUCAGAACGGAGUGGGGAAGUCCUGCCUCGCCAUGGCAUUGGCUGGGGACAUGGACCAAUCGCAAUCAGUGGACUCUGAGCUCAGCGCUGAGGGAUACCUUCGCACGGUAACAGUUGAUGACGAAGAGAGCUCCAUCAUCAUCUUCGACAACUGGAGACAGGACCUGUCGGCCCUGCAGUGCGAGGUGUGCGUCCUGGUGUUCUCUCUGACGGACAGGCGGAGCUUCCACCGCACCGCUCAGCUCCGCCUCCUCCUCCGGGAGACCCAGCCUCAAACUCCCAUAAUCCUCGUGGGCAACAAGAGCGACCUGGUCCGGACAAGGGAGGUCAGCGCAGAAGAAGCCCACUCCAGCGCGGGGCUGUUUGACUGCCAGUACCUGGAGCUCUCCGCCUCGCUGGACCACCGCACCUCGGAGCUGCUGGAGGGGGCGGUGAGGGCCGCUCGGGGCCAGGCCUGGGGGCCCGGGGGGGCCGAGGGGGCCGGGGGGCCCCGCAGGGAGAGCCUCACCACCAGGGCCAAGCGCUUCCUCUCCAGCCUGGUCCCCCGCUACCCCAAAGAGAGGGAGAGGGAGAGGGGGGGGAGGGCGGGCAGGGUCUUCCGGCAAAAGUCACGCUCCUGUCACGACCUCACGGCCUUCUAAUGGAGAGAGAGAGAGAGAGAGAGGGGAGGGGGGGAGGGGGGGAGGGGAAGGAUAAGAGGGGGAGAGAGAGGGUGAGAUGGACAGAAGGGAACAGAAGACAAACAAAAUGUGUUGAAAUUCGCACAAAAAAUUCGCAACCCAAAAAAGUGUGUCGGAUGUUAAACGCAUCUUUUUUUGAGGAGGAGUGUGAGAACCGAAGGACCUGGGGGGGGGGGGUCUGGGCGAGAAAGAAG